CGAACAUGGCUGCGCCCACAGGACCGAGAGGAUCCUCAGCCUCUAGCCCGCCCGGGUUUGAAGGUUUCCCCUUUCCAGUAACCAGCAGAACACCGGAGGAAAGCACCGGGAAGGAGCAGGAGCAGAUUGGGGAGGGGAAGAAGAAGCCAUGCAGGGCUUGUACGGACUUUAAAUCGUGGAUGAAGCUACAGAAGAAACAGACAACAGCUGCUACACAGGAGAGUCGUGCUGCUGAAUUAGAGCCAGAACAAGACCCACAGUGUCCACUGGACAGGCAGGAGCUGGGACGCAACACUUGGUCCUUUCUACACACCAUGGCAGCGUAUUACCCCGAUCAUCCAUCUUCUACCCAGCAGCAGGAGAUGGGACAGUUCAUCAACCUUUUCUCCAAGUUCUUCCCCUGUGAUGAAUGUGCAGAAGACCUUAGGGGCAGAUUGAAAACCAAUCAGCCGGACACCAGCAGCCGUUACGCUCUGUCUCAGUGGUUCUGUCGUCUUCAUAAUGACAUCAACGUCCGGCUGGGAAAGCCUGAGUUCGACUGUUCACGUGUGGACGAGAGGUGGAAAGAUGGAUGGAAAGACGGUUCCUGUGACUGAGUGAUUGUAGCUGAGUGCUGAGAGACAUGUGGACAGAACUGAGAGGGAAAAUGCUCCAAAACACCAUUAAAACUGAGCCCAUGCUUUAUGAUGUGAAAAAAGUUUGAAAUAGUUUUUCUUGUUUUGUGGUGUAGAAGUGCAAGAUGUGUAACUAAUCUGGUGAUAAAAUAAAGGACAUAAAACCAA